GGGUUUGUUACACAACAGAGGCAUGUGAGGACGGAGGGGAGCCACCGGGAUGGCAAAGAGAGGCGGCGGGGAGUCCGGGGGACCGAGCGGGGGGAAGAGAGCCAGGAGAGCCCCCGCCAAGAGGAGAGAGGAUGAGAAGGCGGACGUUUCCGAUGACGGGAAGGUGUCUCGGAAGAGACGCAGAAGCUCGGCGCCAGGUGGUAAAACCACAAAGAAGGCUGAUGGGGGCGGAGAGAUCGCGGCAAAGAGAGGCGCCAGAAAAACAAAGAAAACCACAACGAUUAAAUCUGAAGACACGGAGAGGGAGAUCGAAGCCUUGCUGAGUUUGGAAGGGAAAGUCCUGGAUGUGACUGUGAUAGAAGACAGCAGUGCGGAGGACAGCGAUGAGGAAUGGGAGGAUGUGGAAGAGCUCAACGAGCCGACUCUGGAGUCGUUGCAGGCCUCCACCUCUGCUGACCGGGAGCCCUCGGUGAAGCCGGUACAGAUCGAGAUCGAGACCGCGGAGGCAGCAAAGAAAAGACUGAUGAAGGAGAAGAGGAAGGCGGAAUUUGCUGCUUAUCUGCGCAGAAUGAUGACCCGCUUCAGCAAGGAGCUUCGUGAAGAUACACAUAAGGUCCACCUCCUCUGCCUCCUGGCCAAUGGCGUUUACCGCAGCAACACCUGCAACUCACCCGAUCUCCAGGCCGUGGCGCUGUCUGUUGUUCCCGCCAAGUUUGCCAACAUUCCAGCUGCUAGGGUGGAUGUGGUGUACCUGACCAACCUGGUGAAAUGGUUCGCAUCGACCUUCACCCUGAAUCCUGAAAUGUCAUUGGAUGAACAAGAAUCUUUGUCCGGUACCUUGGAGCGGAGGUUUGGGGUGUACGGAGUGAGAGACGCCGAGGAAAUGGUUCAUCUUUUCCUGAUCCUCCUGCGAGCUCUGCAGCUUCUGAGUCGGUUGGUGUUGUCACUGCAGCCCAUCCCUCUGAAGGAGCCUUCUGCCAAGACGAAACGUACUUCUACAGGGAAGUCAUCCUCUAAAACGACAAAGAAAUCCUCCAAACCCAGGAGGCCUUCUAAAUCUAAAUCAAAAGCGAAGCCCCUAAAAAAGAAGCAGCUGAAACAAGAGAACGCGGUUUUUGGUGACGCCGAUGAGGACGAGACUCCAGUGGCAGCAGAAAAAUCUGUGAAAGAGGCCAACAAAUCAAAGAAGAUGGCUAAGAAGGCCCAAGCCAAGAGUGAUGAGGAAGCCAGGCCGAGACCCGGCCCCAAAAACAAGCUCCGGAGAAAAGCAGCCUCUAAAAUCUCAUACAAGGAAGAAAGCGAAAGCGGGGCGGCCAGCAGCGGUUCUGAAUUUGCCUGCAGUGACAGCGAGGCCAAGGAGGACAGCGAGGACAGCGAUUCCUCCGACGCGGACGAGCCUGUGUGGAAAGUUGCAAGUCCCUCAAAUCAGAACACAAAGAACUCUGCAAUAGUACCAUCAAAGAGCCCGGGACAGCCCAAAGCAAAAAGUUCUCCCAAAAAGGACGAUGCCCAGCCGACAGGAAGAGGCAAGGUCAUCUCAUCAGAUGAUGACGUUGAGGAGAUCCCACCGGCCCCCAGAGGCAGCGAUCAGUGGUUGGAAGUCUACCUGGAGAAGGAGGAGAGGUGGAUCUGUGUGGACUGCCUCCAUGGGACGGUGAACAAGCCUUCAACGUGCUUCAAGGCUGCCACCAAGCCCGUCGUCUACGUGGUGGGGAUCGAUAACUCGGGCCACAUGAACGACGUGACGCGCAGGUACGAUCCGGAGUGGAUGACCAAAACCCACAAACGCCGCGUCGAUCCGGAGUGGUGGGAAGAGACGCUGAUGCCUUUUAGAAACCGUGACAUGAAACUGGAAGAUCGAGAAGAAGCCGAGUUUGAAUCUAAAUUACUGGAUAAACCACUGCCAACCUCAAUCACAGAAUAUAAGAAUCAUCCCCUGUACGCCUUGAAGAGACAUCUACUGAAAUACGAGGCGAUCUACCCAGAAUCUGCCGCCGUCCUGGGCUACUGCCGAGGGGAAGCCGUCUAUUCCAGGUCGUGUGUUCAGACGCUGCACUCCAAAGACACCUGGCUGAAGGAGGCCCGUGUGGUGCGGCUGGGAGAAGUGCCUUACAAGAUGGUGAAAGGACAGUCCAACCGAGCGCGGAAAGCCCGUAUGGCGGAUCCAGAGAGCAGGGACAGCAAUGACCUCGCUCUGUUUGGCCCGUGGCAGACGGAGGAUUAUCAGCCGCCUGUCGCUGUGGACGGGAAGGUUCCCCGCAAUGAGUUUGGAAACGUUUACCUGUUCAAGCCUUGCAUGUUGCCGAUCGGCUGCGUUCAACUGCAAAUGCCGAACCUGCACCGCGUGGCCAGGAAGCUGGACAUCGACUGCGUCCACGCCAUCACCGGAUUUGACUUCCACGGCGGAUACUCGCACCCUGUGACGGACGGUUACAUCGUGUGUGAGGAGCACAAGGACAUCCUGAUGGGCGCCUGGGAGAACGAACAGGUUGACAUUGAGCGCAAGCAGAAGGAGAAGCGGGAAAAGCGAGUUUGGGGAAACUGGAAGCUGCUGAUCAAGGGACUUCUGAUCCGGGAGAGAUUAAAAGCACGCUAUGGCAAUAAGGAUGCAGAUCAUUCACACGCAGCAUUCGGGGGGGAAGAAGGAUUCUCAUCUGAUGAGGAGGCAAAACCAUCAUCCGAGACCCCAGCCCAGGACACCGCCAUCUCCUGGCCUCAAAACCGCCAGACCGAGGAACUGCAGGUGGGGAAAGCUAAACGAAAGAGCAAGAGGGAGAAGAAGGGGGAGGAGAAACAUUUGUUCCCAUUUGAGAAACUCUGACAACAUCAAUGCUAUAAAUCCCCACCAAUCAAGGACCAUCAGGGGGACUACAUGUCCCAGCAUGCUUCAGCAGCUGGGAGGAAUCGGGGUUGUUUUAAGGCUGAAGUCCUUUCUAUUUCUAAUGACUGACAAUGGUUUUCUCUAAUGUAGAGAUAAUAGAUUUGUUUUAUAUUGAAAAGAUAAAGUCAUGUACAUUUUCCAUUCAUAAAAAUAAAUACAAAUUUGUAAA